CGGGCUGGGCGCGGAGGCCGGGCGGGGGCGGGGGCGGGCCGCGCGGCGGGCGCCAGGCCCGGGGCUGUGGGCACGGUGCCCAGCCCCCGGCGCACGCCGAGCCGCCGCCGCCGCCGCCGCCGCCGCUGCUGCAGUCGGCAUCCAUCAGCGGGCGGGGGUGUCGCGGAACAGGCUGCUCCGCAGAGCCCGCCCCGCCCCGCGGCCUGCCGGCUCGCAGGAGCCGAGGGGGCGCCCCCCGCCCCGCGCCCCCGAGAUGGGGACCCCCAGGCCCAGGCGUGCUGGUCACCAUGACAACAGAGACAGGCCCUGAUUCUGAGGUGAAGAAGGCUCAGGAGGAGGCCCCGCAGCAGCCUGAAGCAGCCGCCGCAGCAACCACCCCUGUGACCCCCGCGGGCCACGGCCAUCUCGAGGCCAACUCCAAUGAGAAGCAGCCGCCCCAGCAGGACGCUCGGCCUGCAGAACAGAGCCUAGACAUGGAGGAGAAGGACUAUGGGGAGGCCGAUGGCCUGUCAGAGAGGACCACGCCCAGCAAGGCCCAGAAGUCACCCCAGAAGAUUGCCAAGAAGUACAAGAGCGCCGUCUGCCGAGUCACUCUGCUCGAUGCUUCGGAGUAUGAGUGCGAGGUGGAGAAACACGGCCGGGGCCAGGUGCUAUUUGACCUGGUCUGUGAGCACCUCAAUCUCCUGGAGAAGGACUACUUUGGCCUGACCUUCUGUGAUGCCGACAGUCAGAAGAACUGGCUGGACCCCUCCAAGGAAAUCAAGAAGCAGAUCCGGAGUAGCCCCUGGAAUUUUGCCUUCACAGUCAAGUUCUACCCUCCUGACCCUGCCCAGCUGACAGAAGACAUCACAAGAUACUACCUGUGCCUGCAGCUGCGGGCGGACAUCAUCACGGGCCGCCUGCCCUGCUCCUUCGUCACGCACGCCCUGCUGGGCUCCUACGCCGUGCAGGCUGAGCUGGGCGACUACGACGCCGAGGAGCAUGUGGGCAACUAUGUCAGCGAGCUCCGCUUCGCCCCUAAUCAGACUCGGGAGCUGGAAGAAAGGAUCAUGGAGCUGCACAAGACAUACAGGGGCAUGACCCCAGGAGAAGCAGAAAUCCACUUCCUAGAGAAUGCCAAGAAGCUUUCUAUGUAUGGAGUAGACCUGCACCAUGCCAAGGACUCUGAGGGCAUUGACAUCAUGUUAGGAGUCUGUGCCAAUGGCCUGCUUAUCUACCGGGACCGGCUGAGGAUCAACCGCUUCGCCUGGCCCAAAAUUCUCAAGAUCUCCUACAAGAGGAGUAACUUCUACAUCAAGAUCCGGCCUGGGGAGUAUGAGCAGUUUGAGAGCACGAUUGGCUUUAAGCUCCCGAAUCACCGGUCAGCCAAGAGACUGUGGAAGGUCUGCAUCGAGCACCACACGUUCUUCCGGCUGGUGUCCCCUGAGCCCCCACCCAAGGGCUUUCUGGUGAUGGGCUCCAAGUUCCGGUAUAGCGGGAGGACCCAGGCACAGACGCGCCAGGCCAGCGCCCUCAUCGACCGGCCUGCGCCCUUCUUUGAACGUUCUUCUAGCAAACGGUACACCAUGUCCCGCAGCCUUGAUGGAGCAGAGUUCUCUCGCCCAGCCUCCGUCAGUGAGAACCAUGAUGCAGGACCGGACGGCGACAAGCGGGAGGAGGAUGGCGAGUCUGGAGGGCGGCGGUCCGAGGCUGAGGAGGGAGAGGUCAAGACCCCCACCAAGAUCAAGGAGCUAAAGCCGGAGCAGGAAACCACGCCGAGACACAAGCAGGAGUUCUUAGACAAGCCAGAGGACGUCUUGCUGAAGCACCAGGCCAGCAUCAAUGAGCUCAAGAGGACCCUGAAGGAACCCAACAGCAAACUGAUCCAUCGGGAUCGAGACUGGGAGCGGGAACGCAGGCUGCCCUCCUCGCCCGCCUCCCCCUCCCCCAAGGGCACCCCUGAGAAGGUCAAUGAGUCCCAGAGGACCCAGGACACCUCUCAGCAGGACUUGGCACCUGAGCCUGGGACGGCCGUAGGCUUGGAAGUGUUCACUCAGAAAAGCCUCGCAGCGUCACCUGAGGGUUCAGAGCAUUGGGUAUUUAUAGAGAGAGAGUACAUUAGGCCAGAAGAGCUCAGUCUCCUAAAAGUGACCAGCACACAGCAGGAAGGAAGUGACUCAAGCCUCGCCGGCAUCCUUGCUGAUGGCAGACUCUCCAAGGUAGACAUCCUGGUGGACAAGUUCAAGGUGGAAUUGGCCACAGAAGAAAAGGUGGGAGCCAGAAGAGCAAACACCCAGAGAACAGGCAGAAUGAUCGCGAGCCCUGAAGACUUUGAGUCCGUGUGGGAGGAAGCCCUCUGGGUCAGGGGAUGCCCAGAAAGGGCUUCUCUGGCUGCAGGCUGCACCCCAGCAGGAAGGCUCCUGGAGGGCUCCCAGUUCAGGGUGGAUGCUGCAGAGGUAGCGGUCAGGAAGCCCCUGGUCUCCCAUGAUCAGCUGGAGGGCCCGGCAGACCUGAGGCAGGAGCUGGAGGAGUUCCAGGCUCGCAGAAGACCCACUGCCUCGGGCAUCCAACCCGCAGAGGUGGAUGUGCCCUCUCCAGCCUCCGAAGUGGCAGGACUCCAGUCGUUUCUUCUGGACCCCACCCACACAGAAGCCAGAGCCGACUCAAGUGACGAAACUGACACUUCCUUCGCAGAGAGAAGCUUCUACUUCAGCUACGGAGAGAGAGAUGCUGAAGAUCAAGUCCUCCCUCCACCCCUGGAGGAGAGAGAAGAGCACGUAGAUGUCCCAUCCGAAUGGGAGACCAGGCGGAAGCUGGUGGAGGGGCUCACGGAGAGAUUGGAGCUGAACUCCUCAGGCCCGUGGGGCUCUGCUGCUGCUGGGAACAAGCACCAUGGGGGUGUCGCCCCCUCGGCUUCCCCAGAGGAAGAGGCAGGGCACCCCAGGAACCACCGACCAGAGGACCUGGAGGUCUUUGUCGAGCAGCUCGGAAAGGGACCUUCUCCAGGGCUGACGUUCACUGAGGAUGGGGACGCAGCUCAGUGUGGGGUGGAAGGAGAGGAUGCUCAUGCCUUAUCCUCAGAAGCUGCUGAGGAAGAGGCCCCCAAGAGUGGAGAUUUGAUAGGAAAGGCUGAGAAAAGCCCCACCGGAGAAUGGAACCACUCACCUCACAGAGGAGGGGCCGUGCGUCCAGACCCUCAGGUCUUUGCCCUUCCGUGGGCCAUCCCUCCUGGCGAUGUCGGGAAGCCAGCCAGGCCGGACAGAGGCAACUUCCUGCCCGAAGAGAGGGGACCGGUUCACACCCAGAUAGGAGAACCUGCAGCAGAGGACAGCAAGGUCGCAGCGUUCCUUCAGAUGGAAGUGAUCACCCCGCUUCCUAUCUCCCCCCUUCCAUCUGCGGCUCAGAUUUCUCCAGAGGCAGCUUCUCCAAGCUCAUCCCCCCGUGGGUCAGGGGAGCCUGUGCAGCUCAGGGACCCCUUUGGAGAACAGCCCCCUGUGUUUCUCAGAUAUGCCCAUCCUUCUAAAGAGAGCCCGGAGCCCAAGGACCAAGUCGAGCUGGCUGUGACCCCGAUGGAUGGAGGGGAGCGCAGGGCCCCUCCCGUCGCCAGCAGGAAGCCUAGAAUCAUCUCUGAAGAGGCCGAGGGGUUGGUGUUCCCUGCAGGGAAGCACAGGGAGACCCCCUCUCUCCAGGCUGGGGGUCAUGAGGGCUCCUUGGAGGAUAUCAGCAAGACCUCCGUGGCCAACAAAAUCCGCAUCUUUGAGACCCAUGGAACUGAGACUCGCCGGACAGGUCUGGGAGAGACCAGGGCCUUUGCCCACGAGUUGUCUUCAGAGGCCUCCAUGGGGCAGGCAGAGCCACAGCGGAGUAAGCGUUUCGACCUGGGAUGUGUCCAGUUCCAGCCCCUGGGGGAUUUGGCUAUCCCCACAGUCACACAGCCUUCAACGAUGCCGCCAGCUCCCAGCCGCUUCCGGGAGGGUGUCUCUACAUCCUUCCCUCGGGAAGGACGCGAGGAUGUCGAGCUCGUGUCCAGCAAUCCAGGCUGUGAAACCACACUGGAGGAAGCCCCUGGGGGAACUGGCCACAACAAAGCCGGAGACGCGGUCAGGCAAGAGACGCAGGUCACCAGCUUAGCGGCGAACCCCCCAGGAAAGGGGGGGCACCUGAGAUUCGCCAGCCCCCUGGGCCCUCAGAGAGCAGGGCUGAGGGAGGGCUCCGAGGAGAAGGUCAAACCGCCACGGCCCAGGGCCCCAGAGAGUGACACGGGAGAUGAGGACCAAGACCAGGAGAGGGACGCCGUGUUCCUGAAGGACAACCACCUGGCCAUUGAGCGGAAGUGCUCCAGCAUCACCGUCAGCUCCACGUCCAGCCUGGAGGCCGAGGUCGACUUCACGGUCAUUGGCGACUACCACGGCAGCGCCUUCGAAGACUUCUCCCGCAGCCUGCCCGAGCUUGACCGAGACAAGAGCGACUCCGACACCGAGGGCCUGGUGUUCUCGCGGGAUCUCAACAAACGAGGCCCCAGCCAGGAUGACGAGUCCGGGGGCCUGGAGGACAGCCCGGACCAUGGGGCCUGCUCCACCCAGGAUAUGGCCCAGUUCGAGCCCGUGAAAACAGAAACCAUGACUGUCAGCAGCCUGGCCAUCAGGAAGAAGAUCGAGCCGGAGGCUGUACUGCAGACCAGGGUUGCCACUGUGGACACCACCCAGGUUGAUGGGACUGCCCUAGGAGGGAAGGAGUUCCUCACAACUACUCCCUCCAUCACCACAGAGACCAUAUCAACCACCAUGGAGAACAGUCUCAAGUCCGGGAAGGGGGCAGCUGCCAUGAUCCCAGGCCCACAGACGGUGGCCACGGAAAUCCGUUCUCUUUCUCCGAUCAUCGGGAAAGAUGUCCUCACCAGCACCUACGGCGCCACCGCGGAAACCCUCUCCACCUCCACCACCACCCAUGUUACCAAAACUGUGAAAGGAGGGUUUUCUGAGACAAGGAUCGAGAAGCGGAUCAUCAUCACCGGGGACGAGGAUGUCGAUCAAGACCAGGCCCUGGCUUUGGCCAUCAAGGAGGCCAAACUGCAGCAUCCCGACAUGCUGGUAACCAAAGCCGUCGUCUACAGAGAAACAGACCCAUCCCCGGAGGAGAGGGACAAGAAGCCACAGGAAUCCUGACCUCUGUGAAAAGAUGCUGGCGUUUCUGGUCCAACCCAAGCCAGAGAACCAUAAAGAAGGGGCCUUCAUCCUGGAUUCUCCGACUCAACACCGAAGUCCCAGCUGUGACGUACUGUCCCUGAAAGAGACUGGGAAAGGAAAAGCAUAUAUAUAUAGAUAUAUAUAGAUAUAGAUAUAUAUACAGGAAACACCACGUCCUUGCACUGCUGCCGGGGCUGGCCGAGCAUUCGGCCGACAGCAACAACCAACAUCUGUAUGCCUACAUUUCCUUUGCAGACAAAUUGAAGAAUUGGUGGGAUUUUCCAGGAAACAAACAAACAAAAAUUAUAACAACAGUAAUCCCUUGCUCCCCUCCCCACCUCACUUUGAAGCCCUGCAGAACAACCACGGCAAGCCAGACCACGCUGAUUGUAGAAGUACAGUGCCGCCUGGGUCUACACGUUCCCUUCAGUGGACAAGCAUCCCAUUUCUUCUUUUCCUGCGUCUGUUGCCCACUCCAAUGCAAAGGAAAACACUUUUGCAGCCAGUUAGAGAAGCUGCAGCAGCAAGACAUGCCCCCGUCAACCGUUUUCCAAGAAAGAAAAAUCCCCCAUUCGGAAAGGAGGAGGAGGAACACUGGAUUCUUAUUUUUGGGGUCUUGACACUGGGCUGCAAAAUCCACCUGCCUUUCUUCCGCCUCCUUUCCCCCUCGACUUUCACACGUCUUGUUGUCAUUUUCUGUCUGGGUUCCCUCCUCCCUCUCCCCCAUCCCACUCCCCUCACCCUCUGUGUCCUGGUCCUGCCGAGGGCCACUGCAGAUGACUCUCACUGGAAAUGAGAAAAAGAAAAGAAAAGCAAGAACGUGAAACCAAGCCACAGGAGGUGAAGUAGACAUUGUAUGUUUAUGGGUUCUCAUUAUGAAGGUGCCGCUUGUAGGAGAUUUGUAUGGAUGUGCUUUUAAGUUAUGUAUAUUACAUAUAACAGGAAACAAAUAUUAAAAUAAACAGUGCUGGUAAGUAUGAAGCUGACAUUUUAAAAUUAUAAUUAUCUGACUGUGAUUGAUGUAUUCCCAAGGUUCCUAGAUCUCACCGAACCAACCCAGCCAAGGAGACCCGGACUCGGGCUGUGGGUCGCUCACAGUAGGAGCUGACAGUUCAGUGUAGAAAUACAGUGUGUGGUGUUUGUACUUGGUUGAUUGGUGGGGAGGGGUGGGGUCCCCAUAUGGAGAGGCAGGGGUUUGGCAAGAAGGAAGUGACACGGGUGUGGUUCAGAUGCCUUCUCCCCCAGGCAGUAGCAGCCGGGACCUGGCCCGUGCUCAGGAUUCUGCAGCACAGGUCCCCCAGCUCAGUCCCCCUACCUCCCUGGAAGGCUCGCCUCAGUUCUCAGUCGUCUCUUUGUUGUGCCACAUGUCUUGCCUUUCCCUGACCGCGGUGUGACAGCUAACUCUUAUCCCAAGGGAGGUGACGCCCCCAGCUGCCACGGAAGAUGGUGGCUUCCACCUGGCUGUCUGAAUGUCCCCAGCUCAGUUCUUUCUUUUGGCCACUCCUGUAUUCUGUCUGAAUCGUUCUCUUCUUCCUGGGUCAAAGCAGCCACAGUAGAGACUGAAUGCAGGGCAGGCCCUGACAGGUCAAAACUGGACUCCCAGAGCCUCCUGAAACAAGCUGAGGAGGACAGAAGGUGUUGCUGGGGCUCCACCUGCGAAUAAGACCCUGGCUUUGGAGACCUCCCCUUCAGUCAACAUUUGUUCUCUGAUCCUAGGCCCUAAGAGUCCCAGAAAUGGCCUGGAGACCACAGGAGCCCUUGGAGAAGGUCCCAUAAAAAGCUUGGCAUUGCCCUGUGGCACACGUGGGCUUUCCAGACACAAGCUGCUUUCCUGAGCUCAAUGAGGCCCCUUCUGAAGGCAUUUGUCUCCCCCUGCCCUUUAAUUUCUCAGUCCCAUUUCACUUCCCCCAUCUUGCUUCUAAAGCAUUCGAUAAAUGCAUUCAACAAAUAUUUACUGAGUACUUACUUGUGCCAGGCACUAUUGUUAGGCUCAAGGAGAAAGCGUGGGGGGAGCAGAGGGACCUGGGAAGCUCCCUGAGUCAGCCUUACAUCUCCAGCCCCUCUGAGAGCACUUCCACCUUCUCUCCAAUUAUCAGACAUCUGUGGAUGCCCCGCCAAGAGCCCAGGCUUGCUUAUCCGUUCCCCUGGUGACACAUAUGCUUCGCUGCUUAACUGGGGCUGACCUGAGGCAGAACAGUGUUUGCCUCUGUAGGUAAACAUGGGGUGAGGAGAGGCAGAGAGCCCUGCAUCUGGGGCUCAGAUGGCACAGUCAGCCACAUCUCCUCCAGCUCCCCCUGAGAGUGGAAAUGCACCAGGCUCUUCUUACACAGAAGCCACAGAACCUCCUCCCUGUCCUCCUCAGCUUGAGAGCCCCCACUCUUUCUGGGCCAAGAGCUGGAGUGGCUCUGCCCUCUCUGGGCCAUCUGGAAUCUGGCUCAGGCAUCCUCAUCUUUGCAGGAACCAGGUGUCCUGAGCGCACUGGACAUACCUCAGAGGGAGAAUAUUUGUUGUGGGUUCUGCACCUGCCUACAGACCCUAUGUGUGUGGCUUCAGGACCGGAAAGAAGCGACCAGGCUUGGUUUGUGGGCCAGCCAGGGUUUAUGGAGCUCUCCAGUCCACAGAUGCUCUGACCUUCCACAGAGAGGCAGGCAUCUGCCAGCAGGGAGGAGGGGAGCUGCAAAGCUGAAAUCUAGGGCGCUGUUUCCUUCCCAUCCUCCUCUUCAUAGGGAAUAUAGAUGUUUGUCUUAUCUGUCUUCAACCUACUUUUCCAUUUUACAUUUCACAUCCUUUCUGUGCCGCCUCUCCACCCAGGAGACCAUGUAGCAUAGUGGAAAAAGUCCUGGAGGGCAGUCAGGAGUUCUGGGUAGCCAUCCUGACUCAGCCUCUAACUCACCACAUGCCAUUGAGCUCGUCUUAUCCUCGCUUCGGGGCCUCAGUUUCGCCACUUGCAAAAGGAACAGGAAAAGCAGAUGCCCUCCAUGGCCUUUGUCCACUCUGCCAGCCUGUAAGUCUUUGUUUUCCCCUAUUUUGCUUUCUUGGGAUCUUUUCCAUCUGAGGGUACAGGAAGUGCCAAGACCUGUUUCAGUUUUUGAAUCCUGUAAGCACAUUCCAAGACUGGCCUGAAAUUGCAUGAGCAACAUCACUCUAAAUUUUUUUUUUUCCCAAAAAGCACCUUCCUAACCAACUGCGAUGCUGUCCUGGUCCUUUUUACUCACACCCCUCUCUCCUCUCUGUCCCCGCGCUCCCCCACCUCAGUGCUCCGUGCUGUAUGCGUGUGCUCUCUGUUCUUGUAUACUCAAUAUAAGUGAAAUAAAUGUGUUUGAUGCUGAACCACAAA